GCAGGCGGUGUGCUGAGGAUAGGAUCACUUUUUUUCUGUUAGUUGGCUGAGUUAUAAACACAUUUUCACUUGUAACGAUUUUGGGCUCAAAUUUUCUCUAUUCCACCGGCCUGCUACGGGUGUGAGGCUAUUACAUAUUUGAAUAUGUAAUUCGCACUCCGACCUGAGAAUGGUAGCAAUACACAAGACAGAGUCUAGUCUGCCGGAAACGCACAAGGAGAAGAAGGAGAGCGGGACGAAAGAAGCGGUUGCUAUGGCCGACAUGUUUCCAUGUCAACAAUAAAUGGACCAAGCUUCUCCUGAUAAACUAGCCAGAGAAGGAGAGGGGAAUGGCAGAGACAACAGAGAGCAAGAAGGAGGAGGCUGAUUACAAGAGGCUCCACAGCUUCCCACUCAUCAGGCACACAGACAUGCCAGAGGAGAUGAGAGUGGAAACAAUGGAACUGUGUGUCACAGCCUGUGAGAAGUUUGCCACCAACAAUGAGAAUGCGGCGAAGAUGAUCAAGGAGUCGAUGGAUAAAAAGUUUGGCAGCUCGUGGCACGUGGUGAUCGGGGAGGGCUUUGGCUUCGAGGUGACACACGAGGUCAAGAACCUGCUGUACAUGUUCUUUGGAGGCAGCCUGGCCGUGUGUGUGUGGAAGUGCGCUUAGCACACACAAAACACACACAGGCUACACACACACACACACCCCUCCCAUCCAGUCUGUCUCUACCUAACGAGUGUGUUUAUAUAUUUAUAUACACAUCCUGGAUGAUUCACCCAUCUCUGAGCUAUGCAGUCUUUUUCUUUGUCAUUUACUGAUCGUGUAUGUGUGGUGGGAAUGGAGGGUGUGUGUGCGUGGUGGGAAUGGAGUGUGUGUGUGUGUGUGUGUGUGUGCGUGUGUGCGUGCGUGCGUGCGUGCGUGCGUGCGUGCGUGCGUGCGUGCGUGCGUGUGUGUGUGUGUGUGUGUGUGUGUGUGUGUGUGUGUGUGUGUGUAUACACAUGUGUUUGCGAGCGUGUGUGAUGUCCCUUACGUCAUUGAUUGAUUAGGCUAAGUCACUCUUGAUGUAUUGUAUUCAAUAUCAGCAUGUCACACUCUUGCCUUGUGUGUGCACCUACAGUAUGAAAAUGACCAAGUCUUAUCUGUAUACAGAUGUGAUAGUUUCUACAGAACAGUGAGUUCACUGCAUGAAGGAGUCGGGUGUCUCUCCUACUAUCGUAAUUCAGUGGGGCUGAAACACUUGCACUCUCUUUCCCUAUUGCUUUCUGCUCUACUUCUUUAACUCGAGGCGGCGUGCGUGUUCUCAUCCUCUCCUCAUGCUCACCUUUUGAAGAAAAAAAUGUGUCCAGCUCCAUGUCUUUCCUCCACACCGCCUGUACGUUGGCACACUGUCGUCUCGGUGGGCUGCCAUGCCAUCUGCUGAAAAACAUCCUUACACAAGCACGCACUCUCUCUCAGUCUCUCUUAUUGCUCUCAAUUCACACUAUCUCUGUUUCUCUAAUCCUCUCUCUAGAUUCUUGUUGCUCUCAAUUCACACUAUCUCUGUUUCUCUAAUCCUCUCUCUAGAUUCUUGUUGCUCUCAAUUCACACUAUCUCUGUUUCUCUAAUCCUCUCUCUAGAUUCUUAUUGCUCUCAAUUCACACUAUCUCUCUUUCUCUAAUCCUCUCUCUAGAUUCUUGUUGCUCUCAAUUCACACUAUCUCUGUUUCUCUAAUCCUCUCUCUAGAUUCUUGUUGCUCUCAAUUCACACAAUCUCUGUUCUCCAAUCCUCUCUAGAUAUUUUAAUUUUUAUCUCCGUCUUUAGUAGUAUAGCUUUAGUCCUCACCUUUCAGACAUGAGUCCCAUAAGCCACCCUUGUCUGUGUCUCUACUCCUCCUAUAACUGAUAAGAUAGCACAGGGACUUUUAUAUCCUCUCAAUGUACAGUAAAUACUUGAAUUUGAAUGUGAAGAUGGAAUCUGAUUUUGUAUAUGAUCCUCAUGGGCUUUUUAUGAAAGAGCUUGUUGUUGAAAUAGUUAUUUUCUGUCACACCACUGUCAUAAGAAUGUCAUGGAUAGGUGUCGUUGUUCUGAAUUUGUAUCACAACUGAUGAUAUUACAUGAGCUAUUCGGACUCUCUAGGCCUAGGCAUUGCAUUUCAAUGAAUAUCAACUAGGCAUGCAGUCUCAUUGCCACAUAGAAACCUUUAUGUUGUCAACUGUGGAUGUCACCAGGUACCAUAACACUGAUGCGUUGUAUUGUUGUUUUCACUUCACAACACUGUGUGUUUGCGUAAAUUCAUUGCACAUGAAAUUAUUCCUGAAAGUGAUAAAAAAAAAGAAGAGUUUUUUCAAA